AAACUAUGUAUCGUAUCAGAAUUUAAACAAGGGAUUGAAGUUGAAUUCUUAUUCCAAAAUCUCAAACUUUAAACGCUGAAAAUUUAUAACAAUGAAUCCAAAUCUGAGUGAGGAAGACCUUCUAACGAAUUCUAAAGAAAAAUUACUUUAACCAAGUUAUAAUGAUGCUAAAAAAGCAACAAAAAUAUGUUUUAUAUUCUGCAUGCUAAGCAUAUACGUGGGUUUUAUGACAUAUGAAAUUUCAUCGCCAGAUGUCUAAAUGAUAGUUUCAAAAUUUAAAACAUCAAAAAAGAGAUGGGAUAAAAUAAAGAAGAAUAACAAAUAAAAACAAUGAAUAAAAAGGUUUGUAAAAAACACAUGUCUCCGUGGAGAGCCUUUAUAAUUUAGUUAUGUUUAAAAAUGAUUGUUACAUAAACGAAGUAAUAUUUUAUGCAUCUCAAUUUCUUGUAAAGAACUUCAGAGGAGAGCUACGAUUGGUUACGAUUUUGGUUGGUUUGGUAUUGGGUAUUAUGGGAGUCAUGUGACCUUUUAUAGAUUGAGUGUUGAUUGGCUGCUACAAGAAAGAUGAAAACAAUCCUACUCUCGAUCUCGACGUCGUUCCAUUGUUUACUUUCGUGUAAGUGGAGACUCAUUGUGAAAAAAAUGCCCCUAUUCCAGUAUACACCUCAUUCUAUUAAACGCCCUAUUCCAAUAAACACACAAAAAACCUCAUUCUAAUAAACGCCCUAUUUCAGUAAACGCCUCAUUUCCAGUAAACUCCUUAUUUUAGUAAACAAAUUAUUCCAGUAAACGUCUUUGUUAUCCAAUUUCUUCUCAGCAACAGACCCUUUUAAGCUAAUCCCGAAAUUCAUCGAAUCAGUUGGCACAGUGUUUGAAUUCUUAAACAUCAAGAUUUGUUCAUCUUUCACAAUCCUAAACACGGGAUUAAAAAAAAAAUUCGAGAACAAAGUUUCAAAGCAAAGAAACCUGGCAGUAUAUUUUAAGGACUAUUAUAGAAAAUGUCGAUGUCCGUCGUUAAAAACGCUUUAAACAAUUUUCAGAGUGUGGAGAACAGCAUAAAAAGGUUGUUUAGAAACAAAGUAGAAAGUAAAAUCUUUACAACACAACACAAGUUUUAUUUGUUGUAAAAGCAACAUUUUUAAUUGUUUUGCAAACUUUUUAGAUCGAACCCAUCAAAUAGUUACAACCAGAGUGGCACGUCUGUUCUUUCCUUAUCGUAAAUUGUUAUCAUGACUCCUACUAUUGUGUCUGUUUCUUUGUUUCAUUCAACCAUCCAUUCCUUUUUAUUUUUACUGAUUUUAAUAUUAGAUAAAGAUCAGUUACGCCAUUUUAAAGAUUAUAAUUUUGCUACAUAAAAAUCUUUGAAAACAGGAUUAGGGUUAAUUCGCAAUAGUUUAGGUUUUUAAGCCCUGCGUUUAGUGAAGUUUGUUUUGUAUACAUAGGAGUUGUAGAAUUCUUUUAUAUCAAACGAAGAAAAGACAUGUUGAUACAACAUCGUUUUGUUAUUGUGAAGCAAAACAAAGUGGAACAAAUGUUUAUAAGCUGAGUUUAUAGUUAGUAAGAAUUAAUUUCACAUAAUGUUAGCUAUUUUUUGUAAAAAAUAUUUCGUCUUAAAGAAUUGCGUUGUUUGAGAUGUGUGAUAAUAUUAUGGAGUAUUGUGAAGUUUUCUUUUAUUGAAAAUAAUAUGAAUAAAUUUACUGUUGUUGGUUAAGUAAAAGGAUAAUUUAUUACAAAAACCAAACACAUUUAUUUAAACACGUUAAUACUUUCUUAUAAAAAAACUGAUUAACUCAAACCUCAGAUAACUCAAAAUUUCGUUAAUUCGACUUAUUUUUAUUAAACAUAAAUAGAUAAUGCUGCCUGUUAAGUAAACUUCUAUUUACAAGGGACUUGCAUACUUUCUUAAUCUCUAAGAUUACACCUUUUCCCGGUAAUGAAACAUGAGAAAAGACAAUUCGCAGCAAUGAUAGGAUACAAGUUAACGAAGAAUAAAAACAAAAUCUUCAAAUUAGAUGCAAAAAAAAUUUCAGGAUAAAAAUAUUCUAUGGAUAUUCCUAACUUUUUGUCUAAUUUCAUCUUCAAAAAAUUUUAGUUAUAUGUAAUAAAAUAGAGGGCGCCUUUUGUGGGAGGUUGAGAUUAAAAGCGAUUACUGUGCAUAAAAAUAAAAUCUCGUUCUACUCUUGCGUGGGAAUUUCAUGUCGCGUUGAUCCCCCAACAGGUAAAUAAAAAAGAUAAAGAGAGAUGAGCAUUAUCGUUUUUAUCGUCUUUGUGGAUUUUAAAACUGAAUUCCUAGAAAUUUACCAACAUAUCGAAUUAGUCAUCGAAAACGUAAAAAAAAUGGAAAGAAUCAAAAAAGUUUUCAUUAUUGACAUUUGGAAAUAGCUUUCAGUUAAAAUCAUUUUUUUUGUAGGAUUUACAUAUAUAGAUGUUCUUAUUUUCAUUUCAAUGAAAACACACAAAAGUUCAUCUAUCAUAAUAUUUGGGAACAGGUUAUUGUUCUUCUGGUUUAGCUAAAACCGACAACAUUUGGUUUGAGGAAAAACUUUGCAAAAAAAUAUACACGAAUUGGUUGAAAAACAUUGUGAGCAAAACUUAUCGUAGAUCGUAACUUGAUUUGCAGAAAAGAGUUGAUUGUAGAGAGAGCAAAGAAAGAGAGAGCAUGCAGAACUUACAAGGUUUUUGAUUAAAGAUGGCUCGUAAAUAAAAAAUCGCAACUUAAAAAAUAUUGAUUGACACAUAAGUCAACAUGGCUGUCAUAUUUCAUGUUGGUCCACAGUGAUGGAUCGUGUAAUGUAUGUGUUUGUUUGUUUGUUUGUUUUUUGUUCUAUAACUGCUAUGUAUUUGGUUUUUUGUGGUGCUUGCUAUAUUGUAUUGCACACUCCGCGAUACGAAAAGUGGCCUUGGAAAAGUUUAUUUAUAAAACUCUUGAAGACUUAAAAUGUUUUUAAUUUUUCUCUCUUUUCGUUAUUUUUGAUAUUUGGCAAAUGAUGUUAUUGGCAAAUCCUCCCAUAUGCUUAACGUUCUAAAAUUUUAAACCAACCAUUUUACUCUGAAUUUUUGCUUAAGUAAGGUUUGAUAUAGCAUAAAAAUGUCCCCAGUUUACUGAUUCAUACAGAAGUGUUCUCAUGUUGUGGAGAAGAAAAGGUAAGUCCAAUACGAAUGCUGCUAAUCAAAAAGUCUAACUUCAUUUUAAUAUUUUUUUAUGUAUAACCACUUUACAAAAAAAGUGAAAAGAGGCCUGGGACUGACAAAACUAGAGGAUUUGGCAAACGACGAUAAAUAAUCUAAGUAAGAAGAGCUGAGAACAAAAUAUUUAUUUUAAUCGAUGGGAUUACUAGUCUAAAAAUGUAAUAUUAAGUUUAAGAAACUUGGGUGCUAAAUUAUCAUGCUAAACAUCAAGUAUCAAUUUAAUUAUAUCAAAGCUACACUUUUGAUAAUAAAACAUUCUUAUGCGUUUCUAUAACCUCAAACUGUUUGUUCCAACCCUCUUCAUGCAUCUAUCUCCUGAAGAUUAAUUUCUACGCUAUGAUCCCUUUUCUAUUUGCAGAUUCUAUUGUGCUUUGUCCCAUACCUAUUUGAACUUUGCAUUAAUUUGAUGGCAUAACCUAGGAUUUAAAAAAAUACCUUUUGUCAUCAAUACAAAUUCCUUACUCCUUCGCAGUUGUUAAAUACAGUCUGUCGUUUUUGUGGCAAAUCUUUUGACUAAUAAUUCCAUAAAAACUUGGCUACACUUUUGUCACAUUUCAUUUCUUUUUUUCAGAUUAGUUUGCGCCAAAAAAAACUAUUGAUAGAGAAACCUAAUUACUCACUACGAUGGAGAGUUGAAGAGUUUGGAUAAGGCAAACAGCUAGAUGUUUAUGUACAGUCUAGCUAACACUAGUCUUAAAAUUUUUUGUAUUGUUUACAACUAUCUGUGUCAUUUGGAUUAAAGUUAAAAAAAACAGGGAAUUACUAAUUUUGUACAAUCCGGAGAAAAAAUUCGUUGUUUUUCCGGCUGGAAAGUUUAUAAAGAACGUUGAAGUACGUACAUUUCUACAGGGUUUCAUCACUGUAUGGUUGCACAAACUGCGUAUGUGUUAUUUCAAUAUUUGUUUGUUUGUUUAUUUGUUUGUUUGUUUGUUUGUUUAUUUCAACACUGUGCAGCUUCGCAUACUUGUGACUAACAAGAGCAAAUUUUCUUUAAGAAAAGUCUAUUCUGCAAAAUCGCUUUAAAACAGUCACCUAAUUCUAGGAGGAUAAUUUUAAUAACAUUUUCUAUACAUAUAAAAGUACCGAACGAUUACAUGCGAGUCGAAUCUGACAAUUAAAUACCAUAGUUUUGACUCGUUUAAUUAGAUAGAAAGAGGAUCAGAUGACUAUAUUUUAGAUGCUAUAUAUAUCUUUUUCGCCUUUUAAAUAACGAAUUUGUAAAUGCACAAGCAUAAAAAAUGUCUAGUUAAGAAACAUGGGAGAAAAUAUAACACGUUCUUUUCAAACCGUUCAAAGUUUUUUUCACUUAGUCGUGUUGUUCAGUUUAUUUUAUUACGUUCAAAAGCGAUUAUUUACAUUGCGACUCACUGACAGAAAAAUCGACGAAUAAAAGAAGAUUUAUACACAUUUAUAUAUAUUUAUAUGAUUGCCGGAAGAUAGAAACUUGAAAUGGUUUAAUGAAAUAAUAAUGUUAUUUUGUUUUUAUAGAAGAGAAGUUUAUCUAUAUUAGAUUGUACUUGAAGUUUCGUGUUAAUUCCUCAAUCAACAAUGUUUGAUAUUUAUAGGAAUGUAAGGUGGACGUCCCAGUGUGUGUGUCAUUCUCUAAAAGUGACAAAAUUGACAAGUGAAUAGUGACAAUGGUAAAACUUCUUCGAUAAAACUUACACUUGUACCAAACAGACUUAUGUGAUUUUUUUACUGUUGUGAAUCUAAUGGGGAAAGUACAGCUUUUUGUGGUAGGAUGGCGAAAAAAAGUUUGUUUUUUGAAUUUGUUUGUUUUUCAUUAAAAACAUACAAUCCUGUUUUAAUAUUUUCACAUUUAAUGAUCUUUAUUAGUUAUCAAUAUGUCAUACAAAUAUUUAUCUUUCUGCAGAGACGAUGGUAUCUGAGUUAUCAUAUAUUAACAAGAUAUAAAACAAUAAAAUAUCUUGCUCUAAAUGACAACUUUCGUUCCUGUUGGCAUUUGAAAUACCUCAAUACUUAUCUGUUCAGGCUCUUAAAUAAAUUUUGCAUUAUUGCACACAUUUUUUUUCGUCUAUGUCAGGCUGUGAAGUCUAUUGAUUUCUUUUUACUGUUAAUAUAGCUAUGUAUAUCUUAAGAAGCCUUCAUCAAGAUUAAGAAUAUUAAGGGAUAUAUUUUGUCUAACAGCAAGCGGGUUUCAUGUUUUAUGAAGUAUGAAGCAGCUUACAGCGUCUACAAUUUGGGAAGUAUUAACUUUAUCUUAUUAUACUAAUGUUUAAAAAAUGUUUACAACUGUUAAUAAUUUCCACACAUGUUUGAAGUUCUGUAUUGUUUCAAUUUCAUCUGUUUUUUGUUUAAAAAGGAACGAGAAGGAUUUCGGGAUAGGAUAAGUGUAGCAAGCAAUAUUAGCUGAUAAAAUCUCCAAAUUUAACUGCAUUACAUUCUAUACUUUUUAUCCAAUCUGAUUGCAUUCUCGAUCGUUUAAUUAGUUAUAAUUACCGAGAUCAUAACAAUCAUAAUUCCUUUUUCACAAAUAAAAAGACCGAAGCGACAACACCUCUGUUAGAUGUUAUGAAGCUUCUUACCUUAAUGACAGAAGAAGAAUUUUUUAUGGAAUUGGUAUAGACUGAAAACUGAUCAUUUUCAGAGUCAAUAAAGAUGUCACAGUUUAAUAACGCGGCCUUACGCGUGUUACAACGCGCGCAAACCAUGAAACAGCAGAACGAUGGUAGUGUAUUAGUGGAGAAAUCAACAGAACCUGCAGAUGAACAAAAGGAUCCAUUACUAGCUGAAGAUAAAAAUAAAAUAACAAAUUUUUCCGAUAAAUACGGUUUUCCUUUUGCUCUUAACAAUAGCGAGGAGAAUGGGAAUGGUGACGUACUUAAUAACAACAUCAAAAAGCAAAAUGGCAGUGGCAGCCAAAAUGGCGGCAAGCCGGCAAAAGAAUUUGACGUACGCGACCGAUUUCGCCGAGCAGGGAUGAAAGCUAGAUUAGCUCGACGAAUGGAAAAAAUUGUUGAGGACCGGAUGACGGUAAAACAAAUUUUUAAUAGAUAUGUUCAGAAUUCCACUUUGCAUGGUUUCCGGUUCAUAUUUAUGAAAACGUUUGUAAUCAGAAGAAUAGCCUGGGCAAUUCUCACCUGUGCUCUGACUGCAGCGUUUUUAAAAGAACUUUACGACAGUGUUGAUCUAUUCUUUGAAUACCCUUUCACAACGACUUCUACGAUUGAAUACGUACCCAGUCUAAAAUUCCCAGCCAUUAGCCUGUGUAACAUGAACAACUUCGAUGCCAAUAGAAUUAAAAACAGUAAAUUAAAAAAGGUAUAUGAUAUGGGAAUGAUCCCGUUUGAUCACAAAUGGGGAGAUCCUGGGUAUGAUUUACCUGGUGAAGAACUUAUAUCCAUAUUACGCAACUCUUCACAGCCAAUAAAAAAUGAUUUACUGAGACAUUGCGAGUGGAAAAGUAGAGAGACUGCUAAAACAGGUGUUCCGACUUUAUGUGGAGCUCAAAAUUUUACGAAAUUUAGUAAUUUAUUUGGACAGACUUGUUAUACAUUUAACCCAGGAGAAAUGUUCGGGAAAACGGAAUUGCAUUUGAAUGAAACCGGUUUAAACUUAGCACUAAAACUCGAAUUAGAUUUAAAAGCAAACGAUACAUUGCAUGGUGUCCAAGAAGUGGGAUUGAAAGUCGUGGUGCACGACCAAGAAGAAUCGCCUCUUCAACAAGCUGGUUUUGUAGUUUCGCCUGGAUUUCAUACCUUUGUUGAAAUGAAUGUCAGAAGGACGGAGAAUCUGAAGCCACCUUACGCGACAAAAUGUGGCGAAACACCAUUGAAAUAUUGGAAACGAGACUAUCGACAAUCACAGUGUUUUUUAGAACAGCUUAGUGAAAAAGUGAAAAGCAAUUGUCAUUGCCGAGCGGGCUUCAUGCUAGAUAAAUCGUUACCAUAUUGUUCAUUAAAUCAAACACUGACUUGCUUGAUACCGAUUGUCCAUCAAUUCGAUCGUAAGACAAAUAGCAAAUGUCCAGUCGAUUGUGAAACAAUACAAUAUAUUACGUCACUAUCCUACGCUCGAUUUUUAUCAAGCCCUCCAAUCGGAAUGGAGCUUUUAAGAGAUAAAACUUACAUCAAGAAACUACAAACAACUAUGCAUACAGAAGAAUUCCAAAAAUACAUCGAGGAAAAUAUUGUGGUGGUCCAAUUUUUUUAUCAAGAGAUGAAAGAGGAAAUUGUGCAACAAGAACCAAGUUACGACUUUUAUAAAUUAGUGGGAGAUGUUGGUGGUCAACUCGGUCUCAUGUUGGGCGCAAGUGUUUUGACCUUGGUCGAGUUUGUCGAUCUAUUUCUCUUUACCAUGUAUCAUCAACUUUUGCGUUUAUCACGGAGAAGAAAACGAGAGCAUGAAACUGAUGUCAUGUAACGAGAGUGUGAAACUGAUUUCAUGUAACGAGAGCAUGAAACUGAUGUCAUGUAACGAGAGCAUGAAACUGAUGUCAUGUAACAAAAACAUGAAAGUCAUGUCAUGUGGCUGAAGCAGGAAAUGAUCUUGCGUAGCUGUUAAGACAUUGAAUAAAACGAAAAUUUUAUCUCCUUCGUGUAUUUGUGACACGAGGUGAUAAUAAAAACUAACAACAUGGAAGAAAUAUAAUUUCUCCUGCCAAUAAUUAUAACUUAAUGAAUACUUGCAGUUUAAAAAUAAAUAGUUUUUUUGUAAAUAGGAAUAAUUUUGUAUAAGUAGUAUUUUUUUGUGUUUGUAAUGUUAUUUAGUAUUACAAUCUCUAUUUAUUAAGAAUUGAAAAUAACAGAAUUCAAUAAAAAAAA